CCCUCUCCUCCUCCCCGACGGCGGGUGGGCUCCGCGCGCCGCCGAGAUGGGGCGGCUGCCGUGGCCCCGCGUGCUGCUGCCGCUCGGGAGCUUCGCGCUGCUGCUGCUGCUGCUGCUGCUGCCGCCGCCGCCCGGCGCCGCCGAGUUCAGCCCCUCUCUGGACAGCGACUUCACCUUCACGCUCCCCGCCGGCCGCAAGGAGUGCUUCUACCAGCCCAUGCGCAAGGAGGCCUCGCUGGAGCUCGAGUACCAGGUUCUAGAUGGAGCAGGAUUAGAUGUUGAUUUUCAUCUACUGUCUCCGAAAGGUGAAACUCUGGUUUUUGAUGAAAGAAAAUCAGAUGGAGUUCACACGGUGGAAACAGAAGAUGGGGAUUACAUGUUCUGCUUUGACAACACAUUCAGUACCAUUUCUGAAAAGGUGAUUUUCUUUGAACUGAUCCUGGACAAUAUGGGAGAAGAUGGACAAGAUCAGGAAGAUUGGAAAAAAUACAUAACAGGCACAGAUCUCCUAGAUAUGAAAUUGGAAGACAUUCUGGAAUCCAUCAACAGUGUCAAAGCCAGAUUAAGCAAAAGCGUCCAGAUUCAAACCCUGCUCAGAGCAUUUGAGGCUCGUGACCGAAAUAUACAAGAAAGCAACUUUGACAGAGUUAAUUUCUGGUCCAUGGUCAACUUGGGAGUAAUGGUGGUGGUCUCAGCUGUUCAGGUUUACAUGUUGAAAAGUCUCUUUGAAGACAAAAGGAAAAGUAGAACUUAAUAUUCAGUAUGAUCAUAACAAUAUAACAGGUCCCUUCAAGACAGGCAAAUCAAGAUUCGUAGAGCUCUGCCCCUUUUGCUAGCAGAGGAGAUCGAUCUUCACUUGCCUCACCAUGAGCAUGAUGCUACAGACCAUCUGCAAAGUGCUGAACCAGCUCUGUGAAGCUGUGACCAAGACAUCUACCUCUUAUAACAAAGCUACUAGUCUAGAUUUCGGCCUAGACCACCAGAAGAUGAGCUUUGCCAAGUUUUCCAGGUGCACCUCAAGGGAUUAGGUUCCCCAGCUGCUCUGCUGUGCCUCUCUGACAGUGGUUAUACAUCCAGUGGUGAAACAGUAUGGUGUAUUAUCUUAAGCUGCUAAUGAACACAGACUUCUCGGAUCAAAGACAAAAGACUUAACUGCAGCAGUUUCUCUGAUUGCAAAUAGCAGCCUCUGGUCUACAGUAAGGCAACAAUUGCCAGCAGAGUUCAUCUGGAAAAAAUUACUAUUUUGCAACUAAGAGCUCUGACUGUAUUUUCUCCCCAUUCAAGGUUCAUUAUAGAAAAUGAAACAAAGAAUAACUAUAAAAGGUAACUGCACGCUUUGACUUUGGCAGCUGGAACAUGUUUAUCACAUGUGAAGGUUUUGGCAUUUAAAUCUGCCACAAUAAAAUUUCAUUUGGAUUUCACAGAGUAGAUUGCUUUUGAUUGUGUAAAAUUUACAAAGAAGAAUAUAAAUUAAUUUUUUUCUUGAUGGACUUUUUAAUUCAAAAUUAAAUGUUUUAAGACUCACAGAUGUUGAAUAAAAUUAUGCAAAACUCUUGAGUUUUUCAAUAAAUGUUUAAACCUG